AUGGAGCUGCACAACAGCUCCCACAUAGUGGAAUUUGUGCUGCUUGGCUUCCCCCAGGUGGGCCACAUCCAGGGCUGGCUCUUCCUCCUACUGCUAGUGGCCUACCUGUUCACCAUCUGUGGCAACCUACUUAUCUUCCUGGUCAUCCGGCUGGAUGCAGCACUGCACACACCCAUGUACCACUUUGUCAGUGUGCUGUCCUUCCUGGAGCUGUGGUACACGGCCACCACCAUCCCAAAGAUGCUGGCCAAUCUGCUCAGUGAGAAAAAGACCAUUUCUUUUGCAGGAUGCCUCCUGCAGACAUACUUCUUCCAUUCCCUCGGGGCCUCUGAAUGCUACCUACUCACUGCCAUGGCCUAUGACCGCUAUCUGGCCAUCUGCCGGCCCCUGCAUUACCCAUCCAUCAUGACCCCAAUGCUCUGCUUCAAGAUGGCAGCUGGCUGCUGGACAUGUGGCUUCCUCUGUCCCAUCUCUGAGGUCAUUCUGGUGUCCCAGCUCCCCUUUUGUGGUGACAAUAAAAUCCCUCACAUCUUCUGUGAUUUCCCCCCUUUGCUGAGUCUCGCUUGCAAGGACACAUCCACCAAUGUGCUUGUCGACUUUGCCAUCAAUGCCUUCAUCAUCCUUAUUACCUUCCUUUUCAUCAUGACUUCCUACGGGAGGAUCAUUGGAGCGGUCUUGAAAAUCCAGACAACAGCCGGAAGGAAGAAGGCCUUCUCCACUUGUGCCUCCCACCUCAUUGUGGUGCUCAUCUUCUUUGGGAGCAUCAUCUUCAUGUAUGUGCGCCUCAAGAAGAGCUACUCGCUGACUAUGGACAGGACACUGGCUGUUGUCUACUCUGUCCUCACCCCUCUGGCAAACCCUAUCAUUUAUAGCCUCAGAAACAAGGAGCUCAUCAAGGCCAUUAAGAGGACCAUCUUCCGCAAAGGGGACAAAAGCAACCCCUCUCACCAUUGA